AUGGAUUUUCAAAACGUGAAUCCUUUAAACGUUUGGUUGAAUGUGCUCACGGGCAAUCUGCUACCGAUGGUCGGCCAUGAUUCACCUAUUUCGUUCUUUUGGAGGAUGUACAGUGUCUUUGUAUGGAUAUUAGAAAUAGCUGUAACGAUCAUGAUGAUACCUGGAUGCAUGUACGUAUCAAUGGAGAAGGCUAUAAAAGACAGUCUCAUCUGCUUUGAAAAGAAUCUAUUUUAUUAUGAAGAUUACAGAGUACCUGCUGGUUUUUCUAAGCAACCAUUCCCGCUUAAAGUCUUUCUAUCAGGAGGCCUGUUUAUACUGCUCGGCAUGGUAUAUUCGUUCAUAAAGAAAGUUAGUGCGGAAGUAUACACAGUGCAUUUGAUUUUAAUGAUAACUGCGCAGUAUCGAUACAUUGCGGAAAAAAUUGCAAUGAUAUUUCAAGAAGAAAAUGAAGAUGGAUAUCAAAAAGGAUAUCUCUCUACAUCUUAUCGAAAAAAAGAAACAGAAAUUAAAGCACUCUGCCAAUAUCACAAUGAGGUGAUAUACUUAAUGUCAAUGCUAAAAGAAUUACUGUCUUUAACCUUUACUGUAAUGUAUAUAAAUAAUGUUUUACGAUUCUGCUUUAUUGGUGUCUUGCUAAGCAACCUAGCAGAAGUGACGUUCUUCGAAGCAAUGUCGAUUAUAAUAUACACAUCAGGUGCAUUAGCGCAACUGUAUAUUUUGUGCUCCUGUGUGCAACAAUUAAUAAAUGCGAGUACGGAAAUAUCAGAUAAAGCAUUUCACGAAAAGUGGUAUUUGCUUCAGCCAUCAAUAAAACAUGUAUUUAUCUUGAUAAUUAUGGCUAAUCAUUUAGAAUGCAAAAUUGCUACAUUUAAAAAUUUUAAUUUUUCCUUGCCCUCAUUUAUGGCGAUUUUAAAUCAAUCAUACUCAAUCGCUCUUCUGUUUUUAAAAACAAAUUGA